AUGCCGGGCAGUCCAGCAUUCGGAGGAAGCGAUUCUGCCGACAGAUCUGAAGGCAUCGCGGACGCUGCAGAAGCACGUCUUAAUCCAACAGAUCAUGCCCUUCAACGUGGAGCCACGCAGAAUGACGAUGGUGCUAAGUCCUCCGCAUCUGCAGAUGUUGACGGUAUCCAGGAGGCAAAAGAGAGAGCCAUACUAGACGGUACUCACAACACCCUCGGCAACCCUUCACAGGCUAACCAACCAACAGUUUCGAAUCAGGCGCAAGUCAACACUCGAUUCCUUGACGCGGCACGCGAUGGAGAUGAGAAUGGCCUGGUGGCUGCCCUGGACGAAGCCGACCCAACUGCUACGAAUGAAUUCUCGGAGACGGCACUUCAUCUAGCAUGCCGUUAUGGCCACGUGCGCAUCGUGGAGAAAUUACUGAACCUUGAACUGCAAAAGAAGAACAUUGAAGCACGAGAUAUCGACGGAUGGACACCACUACUAUCAACUUGUUCUGAAAACCAUGAUGAUGAUGAUGGAACCCUGAAAAUACUCAAAGCUUUACUGAAGCACCAACCCGACAUCAACGCGAAAAGCUCUAUGAAACAAACUGCGCUCCAUUUUGCGUGUUCCUAUUCAUCCGCGGCAGUCGCUGAACUUCUUUUGAAGCAGGAGAAAAUUGACGCAACAGCCCAAGAUGAAAAUGGCAACACGCCUUUGAAUCUAGCUUGCCAAGAAUGCACAACCACGGAAAUCGAGGCAUUGUGGAAUCUGGGAUCUGGAGCCAAUGUUGGCGCUAGAAUCGGGGUCAAUAUCCCCAACAAUCGGAAAUCCACGCCGUUAACCAGCGCAUGUCAAUUCCAGUCAGCAAAAGUUGUUAAGUCACUGUUGGCGAUCGACGCCGACGUUGAGAUUUCGGACAAAGACGGAGAUACGCCUCUCAUCUUGGCCAGUAGAUUCGGAAAUGUGGAAAUGGUGAGAGCAAUUCUUGACCGCAAGCCGAAAAAUUGGGACCACAAGAAUGAGGAGGGCAAAAAUGCGACAGACUACGCCAUGUCGAACACGAGUGCGCAAGAAAUCAUACCGCUGCUACUCAACAGAGGCCUUAAACUCGGUGAUGAAGAUGCUUUGGAGAUAUUCGCGGGUGGAACCUCAAGGGCAGUUCCAGCGACCCAUCUGCAGGAUAGUGCGUGGUUGAAAUUAGUCCGAGAUAUGCUCACGUUCCAUUCGCCACUCGACCAACCCUUACUGCAAACGAUAGAACCUAUCAUGAAAUUUGCCAGCAAGGAAGAGAAAGUAUGGUCGAUACUCAAUACUGAUACCGAGCAGCACUUUCAGAUUCUCAACACAUUGACUAAGGAUCUGGGGAUGUCCGAGGAAAUUUGCAAGAUGAUUUGGCGCGGUCGCCGUGACCCGGAGGGAGCGCUGGUGUCUCCGGGUGAUCUUGAUCUGGUCAAAGAAACGCUACCCUCGACGGAAGAGUGGUCCAAUUCGAAGUCAGAGCUUGUUCCAAAAACUCCAUUGCAGUGGUCAGCCUUCUACGGCGAACAUCAGCUUGUGUGGUGUCUUUUGAAGGAAAUGCAGUCGAGAGACAACGGAGACGUUGGGAAAGCGCUAGAGAUAGCCAAGGCAAGAAAAUCAGCAAGAAGCACCAAGGGCAGGAAAGGCACAGUUCCAACUGAUAACGAAAAAGAAAACCGAAUGGAUUCAAAGCAAUCAGGCCGUGCCAAAGACUCGAAAAAGUCAAGCGUCGACAAAGAAAUCAAGCGCUAUGAGUACACCAUAGACAUACUGAAUAACGCAACAAGCUUGGUGAGCAUUGCCAAGAAGCAACUCAUCCUCGCAGAUCCAAUUGAGAUCAAAGGAAAGGAGGAUGUCCUGCAGCAAAGUACUGCUACCGUCGUAAGCUUUUAUGAGCGGGAUGGCCAGAUUGAUAUCUUGCGAUCAACCACCAAUAUUCUUGAGCUGAUCUACGCGAACGAUGACAAGAGGGUGAAUGCCGUUCUGGAUAUGGCGAGGCAGACCUUUGACGAAAUGACCAAAAACAGACAGAGUAAUGAGGAGCCCAAAGAGAAGCCACAAAUGCGCUGGAUUCAUCUACCUGCAAACCAUGUGAGUUAUGAAUGA